GUCACGGGAGUGACAAAAGUCCCACAAUGCACCCGUCCUUUUCACCUCAGCUGAAGUGAACUACAUUACAAUCUGAGAGUGAAUAACUUUAAGCAUAUCGAUUAAUUUUAUCUGAUAUAUCCGAGAAGUGUUGUUCCUGUUUGGCGUUUGUGUGCUGAUAUUCUGGGACUGGCUCGCUCUUGUCUCCAACCUCCCGGCCUCUGGCUUUGGGAUCAGGAUCUCAGUUUAGGAUGGAUCCAGAAUAUGAACAUCGCCUCCUUCGCCAAAUCAACAUACAAAAUGACAACUUGAGCCCUGUUAAACUGCAUGGUCGAACACCAACCGCCUCCCCGUUGUCUUCACCCAGUAAGCUUGGAGACAGAUUCAUUCCGACCAGAGCAGGGGCAAACUGGAAUAUCAACUUCCACAGGAUCAAUGAAAAUGAAAAGUCACCAAGUCAGAACAGAAAAACAAAGGAUGCUUCUUCUGAUACUAUCAAAGCUGACGGGCUGGCCUACUCUGCUUUGCUGAAGAAUGAGCUCCUGGGAGCAGGAAUUGAAAAGAUCCAAGACCCCCAGACAGAGGACAGGCGUCUACAGCCAUCAACCCCAGAGAAGAGAAGUCUAUUCAGUUAUUCACUCAAUACCAAAAGUUCAUCACCAGACAAUGGCACCAACAUCUCCCCCUAUUCCCUCUCACCUGUCAGCAACAAAAGUCAGAAAUUGCUGCGUUCACCAAGAAAGCCAACUCGCAAGAUCUCAAAGAUCCCUUUUAAAGUCCUGGAUGCUCCGGAGCUCCAGGAUGACUUCUACCUCAACUUGGUGGACUGGUCAUCUCUCAACGUGCUCAGUGUCGGGCUGGGAACAUGUGUUUACCUGUGGAGUGCCUGUACCAGCCAGGUGACAAGGUUGUGUGAUUUAUCAGUAGAGGGAGACUCAGUCACAUCAGUCGGAUGGUCUGAAAGGGGUAACCUGGUGGCAGUAGGGACUCACAAAGGUUAUGUUCAGAUCUGGGACGCUGGUGCCGGGAAGAAGCUCUUUGCCCUGGAAGGACACACAGCUAGAGUCGGAGCAUUAGCAUGGAACGCAGACCAGUUGUCGUCAGGAAGCCGUGAUCGUAUGAUUCUUCAGAGAGAUGUGAGGACCCCUCCGCUCCAGUCAGAGAGACGGCUGCAAGGACACAGACAGGAAGUGUGUGGUUUAAAGUGGAGCACUGACCAUCAGCUCCUCGCCUCUGGUGGCAAUGACAACAAGCUGCUGGUUUGGAACCACUCCUCACUGAGCCCAGUGCAAACAUACAUGGAUCACCUGGCUGCGGUCAAAGCCAUCGCCUGGUCCCCCCACCAGCACGGCCUGCUGGCCUCGGGGGGCGGCACUGCCGACCGCUGUAUCCGGUUUUGGAACACUCUGACCUCCCAGCCUCUGCAGUGUAUGGACACCGGCUCUCAGGUGUGCAACCUGGCCUGGUCCAAACAUGCCAAUGAGCUGGUGAGCACUCAUGGCUACUCUCAGAACCAGAUCUUGGUGUGGAAAUAUCCAGCUCUCACUCAGGUUGCCAAACUCACAGGACACUCCUACAGAGUGCUCUACCUGGCCAUGUCCCCCGAUGGUGAGGCGAUAGUGACAGGAGCUGGCGAUGAGACUCUACGCUUUUGGAACGUAUUCAGUAAAACUAGGUCAACAAAGGAAUCUGUAUCGGUUUUAAAUCUCUUCACCAGGAUAAGGUAACUUUAAGCAAACAUUAAAACUCUAAAAGUCAAAUUUGAGUGGAUUCUGGCGUCACCACUGGAUCGCUCAUCAACAUGGUGCUAUGGACAAACUGUGCAAGCUGAGACAUCUUGUGACAUGUUAUCACAGAGGAACUCGCAGUGAGAGCAACAGAGCAAUUUUCUUUUCAUGCUAACAAGUGUUUGGGAAAUUAUUUUUGACUUGUGCUCUCAUUAUGAAUGUGGUCAUUUAUUUUACUCUUCAAAAAAUGUAUAAACGGACUGAAGAAAUCAUCGGCCUUAAAAAUACUGCGAUACUUUUUUUCAUUGUUGUGGAAUAAUGCGGAGAGAGCAUUUUAAGUUUUUGUUUAACUCAGGUCUUGUUUAUUUAAUGCCACAGUGGCUUUGAUGGAGAAAAAAAUAUGCCAUUACAUUUUUUGACUAAAACAUAAGACAUUAUAACCUACUAAGGCCUUUACAGUAUGAGCACCAUGCUUACUGUCAUCCUGGAGUGCUAAGGUUGAGAGUGAUUGGCUGAAAUAAUGCAGUUUUGCUCCUGUGGACAGAGUCUAAUGCUGUGCAUCUAGACGUCUACUACAUGGUUGAUUCUUUGUAGUAAAGGAAGAAAUAAACGAUUAUGGAACUGAU